AUGCAACUGCUAAAAACUGCUAUAAUCUGGGUCUGGUUUGCCGCUGCUGGACCCAAUUGCUUCCGUUCCUUCAUCGAUGGCCAUCAGGUUCAAGUUCGGUUACCCUUUUGGGAUUUUGGAGGAGCAAUCAAACAAGUGACUGGUUACAUGACAGGGCAGGACUCGGGAAAUCCUCUAAAGAAAAAGGAACGUCCUCAUCGUGAAGAGUAUUGGCCGCCCUAUGGAUACUACAAUCCGGCUCACAUUUAUCCGCCUUAUUAUUAUCCCUAUCCGCCAUAUCCACCACCAACAUACCCGCCUCACACAACAAAGAAACCUCCAGAGACGACCACCAAAGCACCCACUGAAACGACCACAAAUCCUCCCACUGGAACAACAACCGUAGCACCUGGAACUACAACGGUGCUUCCCCCCGAAACAACAAUGGCUGCCACAACUGAGGGAGCAACUGAAGCACCCACGACGAAUCCACCUGGGCGGGAUCUAUGCCAAAUCUAUCCUCUUCUUCCAGAAUGCCGGGAUAUUAAGUCGGUGUACCUGUCCGAGAAAAAUCAUUUGAGCAGCGUUCUUCAGCCAGAUCAGAAGCUCUCCAUUGAGACGGAGCCACAUCCAGUGACUUCUCUCUGCUUCUAUUAUCCUAGACUUUGUAUGAAACCGGAGGAAGCUCAGUUUGUGAGUUUGUCGGAUGAGAAGGGCAGACCUUUGCUGUUGAUAUCACCAGCAGAGAAGAAACCUGUCCACUCCAAAGGGUAG